UCCUGUCGGCACGUGAAGGAGCGAAUCCCACGUUGUUUUGUGUUGGUGUUCUUCACAAGUGAUUCCUUGCGAAAGAUACAACAGUUUAUAUUAUGAAUCUUUAGGUGAUAAAAGCUUUACCGAUAAAGUCUGAAAUCUUCAUCGGAGCAGACAGAAGAAUCGCCACACCUUGCCUCAAUCCCGCGGUGGCAUUAUGGCAAACAAGAAGAUAGAGAUUAUUGUCGGGACGAGUGAAAACUACUUAGUCGGAUACAAAAUCGAUCAGCAAAAGAAUGGGGAGCUUUCAUUCAACAUGAUUUUUGCUGAGCGAGCACAUUCAGCAUGUAUACGACACUUAUGUGUGUCGGGCAAAUACCUUGCCUCUGGUGGAGCAGAUGAAAUGAUAAAAUUAUAUGACCUGUACAAAGGCAGAGACCUUGGCUGGCUAGAAAAACAUGAAGGAACAGUCACCAGCUUGGCCUUCCACAAGACUAACUAUCUUUUCUCAGGAAGUGAAGAUGGGAAAAUCUGCAUUUAUAAGACAGCUGGUUUCAAGUGUGAAAAAACAUUGUUUGCGCACCCUGGAGGUGUAACAUGCAUCUCUGUCCAUCCCACUGGUAAACUAGCACUUUCAGUUGGCAAUGACAAGAAACUGUGCACAUGGAACCUUAUUAAAGGAAGAAGAGCAUAUGUAACUCAUGUUGGAGUAGUCGCAGACAUUGUACUCUGGAAUCCAACUGGGGUGAACUUCCUUGUGGUGAAAGGUAGCUGUAUUGAUAUUUACGAAGUUUCAACUGGCAAAGUUAAGCAGUCUGUGGACUUCAGGGAAAGAAUUCAAGCACUAGUCUUUAUCACAGAGGACAUUGUUGCAGUUGGUGGUGAAGGAAAGAAUAUUUGUUUGUAUGAUAUUACAAACCAAAUAGAAAUUGUUCAAUGGCCAGCCCACAGUAUGAGAAUCAAAAGUCUUAAAAAAAUUGCUAGAACUGCAGUAGAAGAAGUGUGGCUUGUCUCAGCGUCCACAGAUGGCUUCAUAAAAGUGUGGAAACUUGAGCUGUUGUCACUCCAGAAAAAACCCAAACUUAUAGGAAAAGUGGAUAUCUCAUGCCGUGUUACCUGCAUGGAUAUUCGCAUAAGCCGUCAGAAGGUAAAUAUCAAGAAGGAAGAGGAAGGGGAAGAGGAAGCUAAAGAUGCUAAUGAUGGAGAAGAGGGAGAUGAUGUCAAAGAAUCACAUGAUGAAGAUGAGGAGGAGACAGAAAAAUCAGGUGAUGGGGAUGAGGAUGACCUGGAUGAUGAAGAAGUGGAAGAUGAAGAGGAUAAAGAGGAGUUAGAAGGUGAAGUAGAAGGUUUGGAAAAGUUGGAAGAUGAUUCAGACAGCCAAGAAAGCUACUUGGAAGAAGAUGAUUUUGAUGAAGAAGAUUUUGGAGUGGAAGAUACCAAAAAGAAGGAGAGUGAUGUAAAUGAUUUAGAAAGUUCAGAAGAAGAGGCAGAAGAUAUUAUUGUUGGUAAGAAGAAUGAUGCUAAAGGAAAGGACGUUAAAACUAAUGUCAAACAGAAAGGAAAGAAUGGCAAUAUCCAGGGGAAAAAAGCACAAAAGAGGAAAAAGAAAGGUAAAGGGAAGCCACUGUCCAAUAAGACCAAUACAUCUGGCCAGAAAGCAAAGAAAAUGAAAAUGAAAUAGCAGUGUUUUUUAAAUAUAUGUAAAAUGUACAA